CUUUCAAUUUGGUAUUAUUAUUUGACUUCAAACUACAAGACUGAGCGAAGCCGACUGGGAGCAACUUUCUCGGCGGGGGACCGCUAGGCUUCCCUCCAAAACACUUCUAUCUCCCAUUUAAUCUAAAACAUUAACCUCACUCAAGGUAAUACAAGAUUAUGGACCCCACCACGACCACCGCCGAUGACGACGCACUCCCACCCUCACAGAGCAGCUCACAUUUCCCACUGCUGGAACCUGUAUCCGGUGCGACGUUGUUCGAACUUGAGGUAGCGAGGCGGCGUAGGAAUACGGGAAAGCUGCGUAUCGGAUGUAAGGAAGUCGAUGAUGCGGUGCUGCUGGGUGGAUUUGAACGUGGUGCUGUGGUUGGGGUCAGUUCUGAGGUGGGGGAUGUUGGGUUGGUCGUUGGGCUGCAGACUGUCGCGCAUGCGAUGGUGUUCGCAGACGAGGAACAACAGCAGCAAACUGGGGGCGUAGAUACAUCUCGGAGAAAACCAAGGGCGGCUAUUAUUACUACGUUGGCAGCUACGGCGGUGCUUCCUACGUUGAGGGAUGUUAUUAGAGCGCAGGUACUAGUUAAGUUAGGCCCGGCGGCGAAUCAUAGGUUGGAGGAGGUUAACGCGGAGGUGAGGAGGUGCCUGGAAAGGAUUUCGGUGUCGCGGGUUUUUGAUGUGGAGGGCUUGUGGGAGGUUGUUAGUGAAUUGGAGACGCAGGUGUCGCAGGCGCCUACUUCGUCGCCUCCUGUUGUAACGGCGACUGGUGAAGGGGAGGAGGGUGGUCAUUCGACUAUUGAUACUGUUUUGCUACCCGCUCCUAGUGAGAGGUCGAAGAGGGAGGACUCGCCGAAGAGAUCCGUAGAGAAGGAUGACAAGGCCAAACCGAGGAUUCCUCCUUUACGACCCCCAAAGCCGAAACAGAUUGAGGUGGGAGACAGCGAGGAGGACGAAGAUGAAGAACUCAGUUCGUCUUCGCCACUAUCUUCACUGCCAGAGCAAUCUCCCUCUCCACCACCUCCCAAUAUGACCUCGUCACCUUCGCCUCCUCCCGCUAUUUCCAGCAUACCGAUUCCUACUGAAGAGUCAAAGCCUCCAGAUAUAGAGGACACAUCACAAAUCCCAGACAUAAUCCUCAUAACGAACUUCUCAUCCUUACUCACAAACCUCUUCACACGCUCCGCGGACAAAGCUGACGCUCACACUACGCUUCAACUUCUAUCCUCGCAUCUACGAUACCUAGCUCGGUCGGCUUCGGGACCGCUUAUUAUGCUUCUAAACACUACUACGGCUUCUUUCCCCGCGACUAACACAAAUAGUACGAAUAAUACUGCGAAUCCAACAACGGAGACGGCGAAGCGUCCUUUGGAGCCUACACUCUGCUCUAUUUUCAACUCAGCGCCUGAUGCGGGAGGGAGAGGUGAGGGUAGGAGGCAUAAUAAUAAACCUUCGUUCGGCACUACGUUUGCGCAGUUUUUGGAUUUGCAUGUACUAUGCACUCGAGUGCCAAGGAUGCGGUCAGAUGCUGAGGUACUAUUUGCGCCAGGUACGGCUGGUGGGUUCGGCGAGGUGAAGUAUUGCUGGGUCGUUGAGGUCCUGCUCGAUGAACUUGGUGUCUUGGAGUGGGAGGACGAUGUGAAAAAUUUGAGCGGUGGUAAAGAUAAAGGGAAGGGCAUAUAUGACAAGACGAUGCAACGAGAUAAGAAAUGGACAAGGAGGAGCAGAGAACAGCGGUGGGGUGCUGUGGAUAUACGGGGUGGUGUGAGAAUCGUGGAUGCGUUCCCUGGUGGUUGGCAGGAUACGAAGCCUAAAGGGCCUGUUCGACUAGCUGCUGGGUUUGGUGGGCCGCCACCUCGAGGAUUAUGAUCUUAUUUAAAUGAUGUACCUAUUCUAGCUUGAUGAACCCGGGGAU